AUGUUUUGUUGUCAUUUUGAUGUCCCUGUUGUCAGCUCUAACACAACAUCGACUCCCAGCGUCGAAUCACCUUCAACACCAAACGAAGCAGUCGUUGAGCGACUCGGACGGAUUGAAGCACUCCUCGAGGAGCAGAGCCAGAAAUUGGAACGCUUGUAUCUCCGAGGACUGCCAUCCUCAAAUUUUGACGAGCCUCACCUCAGCCUUUCCUCCAAUGUUUCCAUCGAUGCUUCCGCGACUGGAGCCGAGCCUUCUGAGGUAACAGACGCAAACAUAUCCUCUACCGGCAGUCUCCCUGUUCCACGACUGCCUAUGCACCUGGCACCCGAAUUUGCCGCCCAUGCUACCACCAGUCACGGUGGUAUUACGGCUACAAGGGCGUCGGGCGCGUCGUCAACUUCGCCACCUAUGCUAGCGCCUGUUCCGUCGUCCAUCCGCGUGAGUCCGCUAGGAGGUAUCGAUGUAUUAAAUCGUCCCCAGUACCUGUAUCAACAACAGCAACCGCAAUUGCAGUCCCAACAUCCACAAACCUUCCUCCAACAUGCACCCAUCGCCUUUCAUAGUGCCAGUACGGUCAGCAGCACACCUGCGGCUAUGCCCGUAUUUGGCUACUCAACUGACACUUCCGCUUUUUCCUCCGGCACCGGUCUCUCCACAGCCGUUACUACCACCACCACAAACGCUUCGCGCGCCCUCUUGGCUGGAACAUCUCCGAUUGUUGCUACAUCCGAUGGCUCAUCACACAAUAUCGAGCAGGACCAGCAAUUCUUGAUUCCUUAUGAGCACUCCACUGCGGCAAACACUCUUCUCUCGCUGCCUCUAGUCCGCUUCUUCCUCACAUACCAGCAACAACGGAGCAAAAUUAACAAGCCAAUACGCAAACUAAGCGGCGAUAAUGGUUCUCGAGAAAGUCCAACCAGGCCCUUUUUCUACACUCGCACUCAUUUCUUUGACUUGGAAUCAAGCCAGCCUCUGCCGCCCCAGCUCGACCUCGUCUUCAGCCCUGGUGUUGUGCCUGUCAUCUUACCACAGGCCGUACUUGCCGCAAGCCAUCCAUCUGUGCUCGAUUCUCUCGCACACAAGUACUUCACUUACGUCCAUCCAAGCGCACCCCUCUUCAGCGCCACGCAGUUUCGCCAGUGGUCUUCCAAGGUGUAUGAAAGCGGACCUGAUGACUCUAUCGGAACGGCGAUCUGUCUCGUCGUCUGGGCGCUAGGAUCGUUGGCGGCUCCGUCAUCACCGUCACAAUCCUCCACCAGCGCGUCAUCUCCCGAUCCGGACCAAGUGAAGCAACGGAAUAACCAAAAUGAGCGUGACGGAUUUGCUCUGUCCUUGUUCCAACCAGCACUAAAAAUCAUCCUGCGCCACGCACUGUGGGAGUUCGGCCCUGCGUCGCUUGAUACUUGUCAAGCCCUGCUUCUAGGAGCCUCGUACUUCUCUCAUACUGGGAGACCAUUGCACAAUGCCAGAUUUGUGUAUUUGGCGGGCCGGCACCUAGUGCGAUUGAUCGAGGAGUACGUACAACACCGUCACAACUAA